AUGCGCCUCCUUGACACUACCCGAAGAGAAGACAGCAGGGUCGGAUGGAAGGAUAUCGACACUGGGUCUUCUGACUGUACCAGCAUUCACAUGACUUCCCAGGGUGAUGGGGCUUGCAUCCGCUUCGAGGAAUUGGAGGUAGACCACCUUUUGGUGGCACUGAGCAUUCAAGCGGCGUAUAUCACCCAGCUGUGUCCUGAGGAUGCACUUGUGACGGUCGGUGAACGAGUUAUCAGUUGGCUAGCCACGCGUCGAAAGCCGAAAGCGAAAGUCGAAAUCGAAAUCGAAAUUCCAUAUCGGGAAACAAAAGAAAUCAAUAUUUUUGUCCUUUCCUGUACUCGAACAGCAAGCUCAGACCUUUGCGUUUCCUCGAUCGGUACCAAUCCAGCGGCUCGCGUCCCCCUCGGAUUAGUCCCGGUCGUGUCGGCAUACCCUGAACGUCAGGCAGCUGGAAUUUCAAUGGAAUACUCCAUCAGGAUAUUGGAAGGAGCUCCAAAACGACUAAUGAGUUCGGAACACAACCGAAUUCUGCCGUGGAGUCACAUCGGCCAGGAGGAUAAGAUUGGCAACUGGUCGGCUGUAAUGGAGGGGCAGGUCAUGUGCAUGGUUGAUGAUCAAUUCCUGAAACAUGGUCUUGCCAGUUCUCAGAAGUUGUGUCACCCCAAGAGCCAGGGAACCGAAGACGUACUUGUCAUCAAUUCAUCCAUAUAUAACCACUACUUCUGUCUAUUUAUGUAA